UUUUCCAAUAUAUUUAUAUAUUAGAUGGAGAAUAUUAUAGUAGCGAAUUUGCACGAACACCAGAGAACUGGCGUCACAGCAAAGAAGAAGACGAAGAAGAAGAAGCCCAUAAAAGUGGUUUACAUAUCCAACCCAAAGAAGUUCAACACCAGCGCCACUGAGUUCAGGGCCUUGGUCCAAGAACUAACGGGCAAGGAUUCCGAUCCGAGUAAGUUUGCAGACCCAGAUUUCUAUGAUGUCGGUCAUCAUGAUCGGACUGAAGAUCAGCCACCGCCGUUGGAUAAUAUUACUGGGUCCAAGAUAGAUGGUGAUGAUGAAGAUGAUGAUCAGGUCUUCUCGUUGGAUUUGGACCCCACUACUACAACAGACAGCCCUGAUCAUCCUUCUCCUCCUCCGCUACUGUUGGCUGAGCCGUUUGAUGAAUAUCAUGAUGCUUUCAUGCCACCUCAUCAUCAUCAGACGUAUGAGAAUAAUAAUAUAUCAAGGUUUCUAUUUUCUGAUUUUUCUCAUGUGGAUUUGUUAUAUGAGGAGUUGAUGGAAUGUAAGUAAUUAAUUAAUUGUGUGUGUGUAUAUAUAUAUAUAUAUACACACACACUAAUUAAGCCGUCGCCAAGGCCAGUACAUAUAUGUGAUAUAUAUCUUUUUAAAGAUGUUUGUGACAUAUAUGAGAAUCAUAUUGUAAAAUUUUCAUCUUAUUAAUUAAUUAGCUUUUAAAAUCCUUGUAAUUUUGAUUAUCUGUUUAUAUAUGCUAGUGCAAUUUAAUUAAUGUAUAACUGCCCAAAAAGAAAAGGACUUUAAUGAUGGCAGUUCUUCUA